AUGGUAGAAGAUCUCGAAGAACUUUCAUUCGAAGAUUGUCAACAUUGUUUUGAUUUUGCUCAUGUAUGUCAGGUUGGACGAAAUUGUCAAAAUAAAGAUGUAUUUCAUUGGGAAAAAACAAUUCAUAUAAUUCGUCCUAAUUGUCCAGAUGGUAUUCAAUGCAAAAAACUUAUUCACGAAGAUCAUUUGAAUUCAUAUACACAUUCAAAUAUUCGUGAUAUUCGACUCUUAUGUAUUGAUGGAAAUAUAAAAGUAAAAUCGUUAUAA